AUGGCGCUGCCCCGCAGCGACGACAGCGACGCGGAGCUGCAGCAGCUCACGCAGAAGCUGGACCCGCUGGUGUUCGGCCGCGACCUGGCGACGCUGGACGCGCGCUUCGUGCCGCGCGGGCCCGAGACCACGGGCUUCGAGGUGGAGCCGCGCGCCAGCUCCUUCUACGGCGCGCUGCCGGCGGCCGACGCGGAGGACGAGGAUGACGACGACGACGACUUCGAGAGCCUCGAGGUGCCCGCGAACCGCUACGCGGGCGUCAUCUACGCCGCGCGCUUCUUCGUGACGCGCGUGGGCUUCCUGCGCUCGGCCAAGCGGCUCAUGGUGCUCAGCAGCAACCACCUGACCAUCGUGGACCCGUACUCGGACGAGGUGAAGGAGCGCUACGCCUUCGACAACAUCAAGGAGAUCACCAUCGCCUCGGACAGCGGCGGCCACAACGCCGACCGCGCCUUCACCAUCUUCAUCGGCAAGAACCUCAAGGAGACGUACACGUGCCGCUGCAGGCAGCAGCUGCUGUCCGCCUACUACCAGCUCCGAGAGCGCGCCUCGUCCUUCCGCAAGGACGAGAUCGACGCCGCCACGGCCGACGCGCUCAGCGCAGUGGGGGCCAGCGUCGGCACGAGUGACAACAGCUGGGCCACGGGCUCUGGAGGCCCUGGAGGACCCGGAGGCAGCAACUCCAACUUGCUGGGCAGCGGCAUGUACUUUGACAGUUUGUUUCAGCUCUGUGGCAAGACCUUCACGAUGACGAAGCUCAGCACCACGCGCAGCAUCGCGAUUCACCCGGUCAAGGUGGACGUGCUGCUGGCGGUGCGUGCUGCGAGCUUGGAUCGACUGGACCCGAAGACGCGCACGACGCUGUCUUCUAUUCUGCUGAUUGAUAUCGUCAAGAUCCAGCGCGUGAACACCAACUCGAAUGAGCUGGUGCUGUAUUUCGAGAACAACCGCGUACAUCGCUACUGGUGCGACAGUCGCGAACCAUUUAUCCAGGCGAUCGCGAACAAUUUGCGCUCGUGGCUCAGUGUGUCGCUUUUCGUGGAGGAAGUGUCGGAUUCGUGCGAGUUUGACGCCCUCACGUCGACGCGGGACAUCCCGCCACCUGUCACUUUUGAGAUUCCCGUGCUGAAGAUCAGCAAGAACAACAAGUUGCAGCUACGUUUGCUGGGCUUGACGGCGUUGGCAAUCAUUGAGCGGGACCCUGUGACGCGGAAGACGAUGGCGAGCCAUUCUCUUAACGAUAUAUUCAACGUGGUGAUUUAUCCUUCGAUAUCGUCGUCGCAGGAUGACCCCGAUAGCGAGGUUUCGGAGGGAUUGAGCGGCAAGUUUGCGUUGGAAUUGAAGCACGGUCUCACUCGUCGGUAUAUCUGCCUGAGCUCCACGGUGAGUAGGCGUGAUAAAGAUGUGAGUCUUGGGUUGCAGCGGGCUUCGUCGCAGCAUGAGAAUGAACUUCGUCAGAUCAUCGGCGACAUUGCUGGAGAUAUCAACGUUCCCGAGUGGCUGAAGGUUGCCGGCGCUACGACGCUGCUCAGUCCGAAGGAAGCUCGAAGUUUGUUCCUGAGCAACAUGAUUGAAAUGUGCCGCAUGAACAAGCUGCACGUGCCUUGGUCAACUGAGGAGACGAAGAUUGCAUGCAAGGAAGGAACGUGGGGCACUGAGGUCCAUCCCGAAUGGGAGGAUAUCUUGCUGCGCAAGUUGGUCAAUCUCAACUUCAUCCCGAACCUUGUGACGAAUGAGAGUAUGUCGCUCAUCUAUCACCAGCUGGUGCAGUUCAACCGCAACAUCCCUCUGGGAGGCCUUCGUCAGCGCGAUCGACGUGCAUUCGCAAGCCUGAUGAAGCUUCUUGAGAACUUUAAAGACUAUUCUGUGGCGCAGCUCAACAGUCCCUCCAACACCGAUGCCCCGAUUCCGACGACAGAGUUCCAGGUGGAGCUCCUGUUGGCCAUCCAGCGCUUGCUUUGCACUCGUGGUGUCUUCGAGGAAAUUCCGAGCUCGCAGUACAAGAACAGUAUCGAGGUGAUCAUGGAGUUGCUUCAUUCACCGAUGGAGGAGGUGAGUUUUGCUGCGGCAUGCGUGAUCAAGUACAUGGUUGUCAACUACUCCGAUACACGCAGCUUGAAAUCGGAGACAGCCAACCGUCGCGCGAUUUUCACGAAGUAUCACAGCAGGAUAUACGUGUCUCGUGCGUUUGAUCUGUCAAGAACCAACCGGGUGGGUCGUAUGCCAUUGCAUUCCACUUCGCUGUUGAAGACAGGAUCGGGCCAUGGGACUAUUUCGGUGGCGUCGAUGUCUAACACUGAGCGUAGUAUGGCUAACGCGCUGGCGUAUUCUCAGUUGGGAUUGGAUUAUCUCGUCCUUGCCAUGGUUCUACAAACACUGGAAGUUUGCUUGUCUAGUGGAAAGAAGGCGACGCCGGAGAGGGUGGCGAGGGAUUUACUUCGUGCCAUGCGAGUGGACGAUUUCUCACGCCACCACGCGUUGUUCUUGUUCAACCGCUCGUUGAGCUUCUCGAUUACGAAGUGCUCCUCCAUUCUGGUAAAGGUGCAUAUUCUGGAGCAGCCUACGGAGCUGGUCGAGCUGAUCCAAGAUUUUGCUAGGAAGCACGGGGCGCUAGUGUGGCAACUUUACUUGGCACUGUACACCCAAGACAAGGGACAGCGUAGAAUCUCGUCCCAGCUGGUUGCCUUGCUCACGCACGAAAACCCGCGUUCGUCUUACGUGAUCCGGAACAUUUUCCCGCACGCGUUGCUGGAUGACCAAAAGGCGAGCCAACUGGAAUAUGACGAGUUUGGGCGACAUCUUCCUACUGCAAACCCUGAGCUUUAUGCAAAAGGGAAUGGGGCUGCCCACAAGAACGGCAGUCGACGCGAUAUCACGAAUGCAACUGAAAGUGGACGAAGCAAGCUGAGCUACGGCAUAAACACUCGGGCUCGCUUGGCUCGAAACGUGAAGCACGCCGUGCUCUUGCCCGAGUUUUUCGACCGAUUGGGUAAAACGUACGCGACCAAGGAUCUCGUGUGGGGUCCCAAUGCGGUCGAAGAGCUUAUCCGCAAGUUGCAGGCGGAAAUGAGCGAGCUUGACUUGUACCGGCUGAAGUAUCUGGGGUAUCUCUACACGGACCCGCUGGCGACUGAUCACACCGAGUCCGAAUGGGAGGCGCAUCAAGCUAGCCGACUUCGCCAAGAUUCUCAGCACGCGAACUUUGCACCGUUCCUUUUUGAGUUCCUACAGAACGGUUCUGAAAGUCGAUUGGCGAUCGAGAUGAUGAAGGGAACGAUCUCCUCGUCCAAUAGGUUUGCGCGGUACAUGCCGCUUUCGUUCUUGCUGAACCCCGACACGUCCGAUGAUGUCGAGAGUGACGGUGGACUUGACGAUGACAACUACGACAGCGAUGAAAACUAUACUGAUGACAACGGGUUCAUAUCUCGAUCGAACAGUCUCAUUCGCCCUAGUGAUACCCCGGAGCCGAAGCAGGAUGACCAAGACGGAACCCACGAGGAGUUCCGCAAUGCACCACUCAUCAAGAAGAAAAAGAAGAGCGCGAAAAAUAUGCCGCGGUGGUUUGUGGCCUGGAACUGCAACGAAUUCCGCAUUGACUACGAGUGCUUGGAGAAGGAGGUGAAGGUUGGUCCGUAUUACCUCGCGAACAUUUUGGAUGACCGUGGCGUGUUGGUGGAAGACAUUGAGGGCGCGGAAAAGUUCAUGACGUUGCUGUACUACCGCCUGCUUGCUGAAGAUCGUAACAUUUCGGUGAAGAAACUUCCCAGCGAACGAUACCUUUCAUCGGAUUCACUUGGUGACGUCGAUCAGUCUGACAUUCGCUUGCUGGUGCUGAAGGUCAUGAUUCAGCUAUAUGAGCGCCACUUCAACGAGUUGGGCUCGCUCAUGUUCCUGAACCACUUCCUCCGUGUUAGUAUGAUGAAAGACAGAAAUGGAGACGAUCGACGAUGGCCUCUCGUUGUUCGCGGCAAUAUCAUGCUGUUCCUUGAUCGAGUGCUGUCAAGCGCCAUAAACGUCUCGCGUUUCCUGCGUGAAGGUGAUAACGUGACGAUGGUGUUGGACCUGUUGCGUGAAGUGAAGCCGCUGGUCGUUCUUCAGGGGCCCAAUGACUCUGAGAAGGAGUAUAUUGUAGAGCCUGCAGCCGACGUUCAGGCUGAACUGGAUGCAACGAUCGAUGCACUGGAGGAGUCAGGUGCCGAAAGCUCUAUUAUUUCGAGUCACUCUGUCUCACCCACAUACGCACAUCGCGAUGACGACAGUGUGCACGAAGAGGAACCCAGCCGUGUGACCGUUGUGGCUGAACACUGCGGUGCCAUGAGCGGGUCAAUGAUCAUGCAGACGUGCUUGAGUGUGCUCAGUCGCCUUAUCGAUUGCCACACCGCGGAGGAAGAAGGACACAUGUACCAGGAUGUUCGCUUUCCGAAGUACGGGCGGCUUACCCAUUUUGAAGGCUCCGGUGUUAGCCCAAUCAGCUCGAUCAAGCAUCGAUUGUGUGAAGACCAAACGUUGCGGUUCUUGGUGGGGCUUUUGGAUUGCCCGAAUCGCAUCGUUUUCAAGAAGUGUCUCGGUUUGAUUCGGCUUCUUGUCCGUCACAAUGAAUCGAUCAUCCCGAAUCUCCACGCGUCCGGCAUCUUUUACUACUUGCUGCGGUUUGCUCAGGAUGUGGACGAGAUGUCGAUUGCAGCGCGCCUUAUCUCUCAUAUCCACUUGCGGCAAUCAGGCCUCGACGUGCCGCAUCUCAUCGACGAUAAGCAAAAGGGAGAGAACAAGAAGGGCGUUUUCUCUCCGGAUCCGCUGACGCGGAUCUGUUUGAGGAGUUGGCUGGUGCGAUUGCUGCCGGUGUCGAUGGUUGCUCAGCUCUUGCGUCAUGGACCACGGCGGUUUGCGACGGCGCUGUUUUCAGAUGCGAACAACCCUGAAGUGGUUUGGAAUGCUAAUAUGCGCAGUCAGAUGGUGACGUACAUCGAGAAGUUUAUGGAGCUGCAUACUGACGAAAACGGCAUGUUCUACAUUUCGGAGAAGGAAGGCUCGGAACACAAGGCUUGCAUUGCGCUGAUCCAGUAUCCGAAGGAAGUUCACGCACUUCAGUGCUACCAGUACUACCUGCACAAUCUCCUUGACGAGAAGAACUUCCCUGGAUGGCCUAUCAACGAUGAAGCUGCGUUCUUACGGGCGUUGCUUGAUUCCAUUCGGCGCUGGGUGCACCCAGGAUUGUUGCUGACCGCUCGUGGGGCGUCGGCGAGCAAGGACCAGUCCACGAAGCUUCUUUCAGUGUUCGAUGCUGUUGAGCUGCUUGACGCCACUGCUCUCCUUCUGCGGCGUUUCCCCGAUUCGCCAAGUAUUACGAACUUGCAGAACUUUUCGUACUUCCUGGAGGCUCUGGAGCGAUGCAUUACGGAAUUGAAGGACAACCGCGUUGGACCGACGCGAACGUUCUUUGAUGUCUCCAAUGCCAUUGCAACCAAGACAACCUUUGUGAAGGCUUUUGGAAGUGCGAUUCGUGUCAUAAAUCUGGCUGUGGGAAUCUCUGACGAAAACGCUCACGAGUGUAGCUCGGGACUGGGACUUCGCGUGCUGUGCAACUCACUUCAGUUGCUCUUCCACAACCAGGAAGCGCUGAGCACUGUUGACGGAUGCACACCGAAUGUGAUGACUCAUUGGGUGCUAGAAGCGCUCGUGAACGUUUUGAACCAGCCCAACGGACGCGUGUCGGCUGCUGCGCAGUCGAUCGAUUUACUGCCGUGCCUGACACGCUUCUUGUCGCAAGAAGGCGACCGCCUGGCCACGGAUUUGUCCCUCCAAAUUGUGUACGAAAUGGCGGGCAGCUCGGGUGAAAUGGCAGAAGUUUUGCUGCUACAGCUUGCUGAGCACGGAAUCCUUUGGUAUUUGACGCUUCUGCUGUUUCACUACAAGCCAAACAAUGACGAUGGUGACAGCAAUAUACAGCGAAUUAGCAUCGGGGCAGCGAAGGCGCUGGGGCGAAUCUUGGAAGCCAAUGCGAGAGAAGAGACAAUUGCUGUGUUUGUCAAGAGAAUGCAGACGACAAUCGAGCAGAUCUUCACUCGUCCACUUGUAGAUAUCUUGCGACGAGCAGGCCCGAUCAAAAUGCUGGACGUGCUGGCAACCGAAGUUCGCGAGCCGCAUGUUAUGUGGACGGAGCGCAUGCGGAAGGAGUUGAUCAGUCUCGCGCAGCGUGCGAUUCAGUUCCACACCACACUGGAUCAAAGCGAUGAGGAGGUGCACAAGGUAUUCGAACUUCCGCCCUACUUCAUGUACACGGCACAGAAGGAGGAGCUGUGUGUGGCUGGCAUCUACGUCAAUUUCUUCAACGAAAACCCGAAGAACGGCAUCCUCGCCCAAAUUGCUGGAACCGUGAACGGCGGCGGCAAUCGUGAUAUGUUUAAGCCGAAGCCCACGACGAAGAAGGAGAUCCAAGCUGCAGCUGCAGCGGCAGCGGAGCUGGAGAACCGCACUGUGAGUGGACAUGUGAUGCACGGUCUUUUGGCUGCGCUGUCGUACGACAUCUCGGGCGUGCGCGCGCAACCUCAGGCAUUGGAAAGCGUGCUACUUCAGCGUUUGCUCCCCGUGGCUACUGCUAUCAGGCAUUUGCUGCAGUACACGCCCGACAUGGACGUGCAAGUUGUGCAGGCCGAUGGGCUCCUGACCCUGCUGUUCGUAUUAGACCACGAGACGCAGCCACAAGGAUUCUCGUUUGCCAACGCGCCGCUGCUUCAGCUUCGAUGCAUGGAAUGUGUGCACAUGCUGUCGUUCAGUGGAAAGUGUGUCGAUCCACUCGCCACCGUGGUCCCUCCGUUCAUCAAGAGCGCGUUCCAGGUUGUAUACAAGAACCUGGCCCGCACUGAGGCUUCGACCGAGGGCCAGUUGGCUCGCGUGACGCUGCAGUUGCUCGGCAACCUGUGCCUCAUCCCCGCCUGCAUCGACAACCUCGUGAAGGGAAUGGACCCCGCCAGCUUGUCCAACCUGCUCCCGCACGUGUGGCUCGGAGACUCGACGGAGAUGCAGCUUCUGCUGUGCUUGCACAUGAUCCCGCUCAAGCGACACACUCAGGCCGCAACGGAGUUCGCGAAGGCCGCCGUGAGCUCGCAGCUUGCCGCAGCGCUGCUCAAUCUGCUGUCCACCCUCGUUCCAAGGUCCAAGAUGGGCGAGAGCACCACGACCAAGCAGUACGCCGCUCGGUUCCUGUCGGUGCUGUCGUCCAACCCAGGCAGCGGUGGAGCCAUCUCGAGCCUGCUCAUCGCGUCCCGGGUAUGGGAGACCCACGGCGACACAACCCAGGCCACGUCGGAAGACCUCCGCCGGCUGCUUGUGCCCCCGCACGCGCCCGCGUUGCUUAAGGCGCCCCACGCCAACCCCAACAAGGUCGGCUAA